ACUGGUUGAGCGUUUAAAUCGCGCCCUUGUUGUUUACGAGGAGCAGUUCCUGGCUGAAGCAUGUAGUUUUCCAGUUGUAUUUUUUUAUGUGAUUUUAUGUUAAAUGAGUAUGGAACAAAACUCCGAGUCAAAAUCUGUCCUUUGCACAUUGCUGGAUAAAAACGAUCAGUCCAAAUAUGUGUUUUUUACACAAAAACGAUCAGCGGGUGACAUAAACAUAGGAUUUACCAAUGGUGAAGAUGUUUGGAAAACACAUCUUUCAGAGGAGAUUCUGUCUCAGCUUUUCAAGACAUUUUCAUUGAAGUCCACAGAGGAUUAUACCUUCAAACUCAAAUGUGCGUGUAAAGCUGGCAGAGCCUUUGUGAAGCUGCAGGAGGACAGUGCUGUGCUGCAUUUAGGAUCGGAGCCCAAAGACCUCAGUCUGUCCCUGUCCAAACUCAAAGACUCGGAGGGAAGGACAGAAGUCAAGGAACUGCUUUUUAAAAUGGCUGACAGCUUGCAACAGCUAGAAAGUCAAGGUUCUUCAUCCUCAUUCAGUCCAGUCAAGAGUCCUCAGAAAUGGAGUGCUGAAUUUGAACCUAGGAAACAGCAUAAGGGUCCAGUAGUAGCAGUCAAAAAACGUCUUCCUGGAGAUUCUCUCAUCAACCCAGGAACAAAAAGAAAGAAACCUGCAACAGGUGUGGCUUUUGAUGACGAAGACGAUGAUUGAAGUCAGCACGACCACUGAGUUUUAUAAAAAAAUAAGAAUUGUACCUUUUAACCAACUCAACACUAUCUGUUUUUAAAAUGUAACUUGGACAGAAAUCAGUGUGAACUGUUUCAAGUCAUCAUGUACUGUUUAAGGUUUUAUUAAAUGACAUUACUAAAUGAUUUCUUCAUAUUGUAUCCUUUUUAAAUGCGUUUCUAAUAAAAAUGGUAUUUUUAAA